AUGAUCUUUGGGCCAUUCAUCGCCAUGCUCAUAAACCCGUUCAGACCUCGCGAAGGCCCGCCAACCUUCCAAGAGGAGUAUCGCAGCGGCGACUACAAACCAACCUUUGUCGACGCCUGGCACGGUCCGCAGAUCGUAGCGCCCGACACCCCCUACGUCGCGGCCGCCAGCAAAAACACUCUAUACUUCAUCGACACCCGCUUCAACCCCGAUACUGCGAGGCAUAUCAAGGCGCAGAUCGAGUGGGCGUCGGUUGCAGUCGGCCCGAGCCACGUCAUCAACAUUGACGAACUCGCGGCCACGGCAGAAGUGAAAGAAAAUGUUACCGGCGAGACACAGUUCGUGUUCGACCCGGCGUACGCCAGGGUGCUGUUCGCGAGGGGGAUUAACAGGCGGAACCCGGCGCUGAGACUGCCGGAGCAUGAGCGGGCUGGCGAGUGGUUGGUGAGCUACGAGUGUAAUUGCACUAGCUUGGCGGCGGGAGAUUCAUGA